AUGAUUUGGGGUUUUGCAUCAGGUCACGGACGCUUGAUUCCUGUUCGUACAACUCAGAAAACAAUACCAGCUGAGGAUACGAGCGACCCCAAUCGCCCAGACAUCCACUUAUAUGCUUUUAGAAGUGUGAACCCGUUCCCUCCGAUAAUGCACGCGUGCUACGAUGCCCGUAAAGCCGUGAUGAGGCACCACGAACUAGCCUUCGGUGUUGAAGAGCAGUUCCCUGACCUCGCGCAUGUAUCCGAUGCAGCGGGCCAAAUAUUCUUUCGUCCAGCAUGCGACACAAUCUGUCCGAUGCCCAUGUGGAAGGCGGAGCAUCAACGGGUUUUCGUGGAUAAGAUGCGAGACCAAAAGGUUGAAAAGAUUGCUUUGAGUGACUACUCUUGUCACCAGGCCUAUCUUGGAGAGACAGAUCGCUGGGGUGACUACCAAACUCAUCAGGUGAUCACUCCCAGAAGAAUAGACUGGAUGACUGAAGAUAUUACAGAGAUCACUCUCUGGACCCAGUCAGAAGCACUACCUUUUACUUUUACCCUCGAUCUCAUCGACUACAGACGUAGUAGUCUUCCCAUUCCAAUGUCGCGUCAUCAGUUAGAAAGCUGCGAGCAUUCCUUGAAGAGCAUAACUCUGUAUCUCGACGAGCUGAUCAAAGCUCGGAAAGAACAGAGAUAUGCUAACAAGAAGGCUGAUGACAAUAGAUGGCCGCGAGUGAAAGUUUUAAAUUGUCCUCAAUGGUUGUACCACAACAUCAACGACGUGGACAACUGGGAACCACCUGUCACAAAUCUCAAAUGGCACCUGAGUGCAAUUAUGCAGGUGGCAUCUCUGGCAAAGGUCGUUACGACAUUCAUUGGGGGGUAUGUAUCUGCCUUGGUUGAGUUUGCAGCAAGCAAAUGGGCUGUUGCAGAUCAAAAUGUUUGCCUUGUAUUUUCCUCAAAAGCAGAGAACAGUGUCUUGAGUCCAGUCUCUCCAAUAUCUAAGUUACAGACAUCGAACGCUCAAUAUAGUGUCAUCAUUCAAAAUGCUGUUCUUGACACUCUUGAAUGGACUACAUCAUCUUUGGAUUCACUCUGCACAACAGCUUCCCAGACGGGAUUGGCGGCGUUACAUUUUGUUUCUCAAACUGCUUGUCCUGAUGAUACCUUUUUCAUUGACGGCAAUAGCAUGUCGCUGCAUGAUUUGGUUGAUUUGAUUGACUACAAGUGGGGUCUGAUAUGUCUAAAAGAUACAUCAACUAAUGACUAUUGUUUGGACGUUGAGGAUAGCUGGAACAUAACGACUAUGGUGGCUAAUGGCGCUGCAACAUGGCCAGUAAAUCCACAAAAGUGCUAUUUGGAUUCGUCCCAAGGCGUCUGGGAACAUUUGACAGACGAAAAUGGCACAUGCAUAGAACCUGAUUGGGAAGAGCUUGACAAUGAUGAUAACUACGGUUGGGUUAGCGCACUGGAUUUCGAUGAAUAUCCUUUGGAAAUUCAAUGCAGCUCCUGCUUUCUACAGAAAUUUAAAGUCGGAUAUGAAAGUGCUUGGGGCAACACCUGGGAUGAAGUCACGGAGCAGGUUUGGGCGAACAUGCAACGAAAUUGUGAGCUCAACGAGGUGUUAACACCAGCUCACAAUGUCUCAGGAGUCAUAGUCAUUGAUGACAUUGUUUCCGACCCUCCUCCCGUUACAACAGAUUGCCCCCAAAAUAUAUCUAUUUCUAGCAGCGAAAUAUACACAUGCCAGGAGGCCGUCGUGAAAUUCGGGAUUCCAAGUGCAGGUCUUUAUAACUUAAACAACGACUUAGAUUGUAGUGGCCUCACCGAUAGAACCAUCUGCGCACCUAUGUCAUGCCCCAUCUUGGUCGUCAACACAGGGGCCACAGAUUUUGCCAAUGCGAAUGUUCCAGUGUCAAUCGUUGCCUCAGAAUACACGAAUCUUACCCUUGCGGACUUUUAUUCUUAUAAUUAUUUUAUUUCAUACGAUUUCGUGGUACAAAAUCAUACUGUUUGCAUUGGUCCGCCAAUUCAAAUAUACCAACCAAGUAUUUGA